AGUUGGCUUUUUCCCAUAAUAAUCAAAGGAACAAAGCGAUUUUUAAAAGAAGAAGAUUUAUUCGAAACUUCCAAAUAUCAUACUUCAGAGUAUCUUGGAAAUAUUCUUCAGAAAGAGUGGAACAAAGAACUACAGAAAAGAAAUCCAAACGUACUAAAAGCUGUAUUACGAUUCGUUGGAUGGAUAUUCUUAGCAUUAAUUUUACUUACAUUGAUUCAGGACACAGCACUAGUUGUGGGCCAAGCACACUUAUUAGGAUUAACAGUACACUAUUUUGACAAUAAGUUGGAAUGGAAUGAAUACAAUAUUUACUUAACCGUUGCCGGAUUUUUUGGCGUGACUGCAAUUUAUUUCUUUACAUAUAAUACUAAUUUAAUUAUGACAGAAUUUAUUGGAAUGAAAUUAAAGAUAGCUUUUUGCACGAUUAUAUACAGAAAAGCAAUGAAAUUAAAUCCUUCAUCUCUAGAAAAAUCGAAUGUUGGGCAAAUGGUAAAUCUUAUAGUAAAUGAUGUCAGCAAAUUUCAAAAUAAUAAUUACGGCAUUCCAUAUUUAUUUACAAAUUUUUUCUUCAUCAUCACUACGAUAGCAAUGUUAUGGCAAUAUUACGGAUGGACUAUUUUAGUAGGAUUCAUAGCCAUAUUUCUCUACAUUCCUACACAAUUUGCUUUGAGUAAAUUAUAUUCAAAACUAAGAUUAAAAGCAGCUGAAUUGGGAGACGAAAGAUUGAACCUGUUGAACGAGAUGAUUGCUGAUAUGAGAUUAAUUAAAAUGUACACCUGGGAAUUGCCAUAUGCUGCAUUAAUUGAGAAAAUUAGAGAGAAAGAAAUGAAAAAAGUUCGGAAGUUUUUAUAUGCAAGGGGAGUAUCAUUCAUAAUGGCAUAUCCUAUAUCGAAAUUAUUUACUUCUCUCACAUAUCUUGCAUUUUUCUUAAAUGGAGGACAACUAAAUGCCCAAAUUGUAUUUGUCACUAUGACUGUUUCUAUGUAUAUCUUCGUUAGCACUGUUAAUUUGUUUACACAUGCAAUAAAUUAUACUGUAGAAGUUUUGGUUUCGUUGAAGAGACUUCAGGAUUUCCUUCUCCUUCAAGAAAAAGAAAACAGGACUCUCGAAGUUGUAGAAGAGAGCGCAAAUUUAACCGAGUAUGGAAUAUGGAUGAAUAAUGUUACAGCUACAUGGAAAAAAGAAACCAACUCAACAUUGAAUGAUAUAUCUAUAAACGUACAACCUGGAGAAUUAUUAACUGUUAUAGGUCCUGUCGGAUCAGGAAAGACGUCUUUUUUAAUGUCCAUUUUGGGAGAGAUUCCUGUUACUUCUGGUGAAGUGAUAGUGAAAGGCAAGAUCGCUUAUGCUUCUCAAGAGGCUUGGGUAUUCAACGAAACUAUCAGAGAAAAUAUUUUGUUUGGGGAAGAAUACGAUGAAGAGAAAUACAGAAGAGUUUUGCAUAUAACUGCUCUAGAAAAGGAUAUAAGCUUGUUUCCUAAAGGAGAUCUCACUAUUGUGGGUGAGAGAGGAGUGAUAAUGAGCGGUGGGCAAAAGGCGAGAAUUAAUCUAGGAAGAGCAUUAUAUUUGAAUGCCGAUAUAUUCCUGUUUGAUGAUCCACUAAGUGCUGUUGAUGUUCCAGUCGCAAAACAUAUCUUCGAAAAAUGUAUAAUGGAAUAUUUGAAAGACAAGAUUUGCAUUUUAGUUACACACCAAGUACAAUUUUUAAACUCUGCAAGUAAAAUUUUAGUGUUAAAUAAGGAAACUUGUGAAAUCAUUGACAAUUACAAUACAAUAGAAAAGUUAGAAAUGCUUACAGGAAUUUCGUCUGAUAAAGAAAUCGCUGAAAAGAGGAUGGAAUUGAAAACUGAGCUUUUCAACGAUGAUAAAAUAAUUGAAAGUACUCAAAGUAAUAUUUCUGAUGAUAUUAAAGAUAGUAACAACACUAAUGUGGAAAAUGAAAAUAAGAAAAUACCACGUGACGAUGAAGAAGAUGGAACAAUAGGAAUUUCAGUCUAUAAAGAAUAUUUGAAUGCUGGAGCAAGUUUUCUCUUCAAGAUGUUCUUAUUAAUUAUGCUAGUUGUAGCACAAUCCGUUACAAAUGUCAGCGACUAUUGGCUUGUCAAAUGGUUGCAGAACGAACGAAUCUAUACAGAAAAUGUUAAUAGUGUUGAAAAUAUAACAUUUCAGACAAGAAUAUUUAACAAUAGUGAAGACGAAAAUUUAUAUUAUAGUGAAGAAUACAAUGUAUAUGUUUACUUUGGACUAAUAUGUGCAGUGUUCUUUACGAUGACAAUUUCUGGAUUAUUAUUGUAUAAUUUUUUCAUUGCUGCAUCUUUGACGCUGCACAAGAAUAUGUUCCGUUGUAUUAUUCGAACUCCAAUUUCAUUUUUGGAUAACAAUCCUGCUGGAAAAAUUCUAAAUCGGUUUUCCAAAGAUAUGAAUAACGUAGAUGACCUUCUACCUAACAAUGUUCACGUUGUGUUGAAAGGAUUGUCUCUGAUCGCUGGCAUCUGUGUUCUUCAAGCAAUUUUCUGCCCUUAUGUUCUCAUAUUGACAUUUGUGCUUUCAAUGUUAUUCUAUUUUAUGUGGAAGAUUCACAGCCGUGUUCUGAAAAGCAUUAAACUCAUGGAAGGAAAAUCAAGAAGUCCAGUAUUUUCUCAUCUGAGUGUAUCUCUUUAUGGACUGACAACCAUUAGAGCAUUUAAAGCUGAAGAUAAAUUUUUAUCCACCUUUAAUGAGUAUCAGGAUAAACACACUGCAACGUGGAUUAUUUACAUUGCAUUAAAUCGUUGUCUUUCUAUAUAUGGUCACAUCAUUUGUUACGUAAAUUUCCUUAUUACUGUUAUUAUUUUUAGUGUAUCAGUUCAUUCAGAUGAUGCAGGAAGCCAAAUUGGACUUGUAAUGAACUAUGGAAUACUAUUUGUAAUUUAUUUUCAAAGCGUUAUUAGAACUUCAUCUGAAGUGAACUUUCAGAUGAAUUCUGUAAAACGUAUACUAAACUACAGCAAAUUAAAAUCAGAAGCAUCGUACGAAAGUUUACCUGAUAAACGGCCACCUUCGGAUUGGCCACAAAAGGGAAAAAUUGAUUUUGAUGAUGUUUCUUUACAAUAUUCCAAGGACAAAAAUAUUGUUUUGAAGAAUUUAUCUUUUCGAAUUCACUCGGGAGAAAAGAUAGGAAUUGUUGGAAGAACAGGAGCUGGAAAAAGCUCUAUAAUUGCUUCGUUAUUUCGCAUGACAGAGCCAACAGGAACAAUAACCAUUGACGGAAUUGACACCAAAGAUAUUGGUCUUCGGGAUCUACGUAGUAAAAUAUCUAUCAUUCCUCAAGAUCCAAUGUUAUUUACCGGUCCACUUCGAAGAAAUAUCGAUCCUUUUAAUGAAUAUUCAGAAGAAAUUCUAUGGCAAGCUAUAGAAGAGGUGCAAUUAAAAGAAGUUAUCAGUUCGUUGCCUUGGGGACUGGAUACACAUUUAUCAGAAGGAGGACGAAAUUUUAGCGUAGGAGAAAGACAGUUAAUUUGUCUUGCCAGAACGAUUCUUCGCCAGAAUAAAAUUCUCGUCAUGGAUGAAGCAACAUCCAAUAUAGAUAAAAACACUGAUUCCUGCAUACAAAAAAUAAUUCGAGAGAAAUUCAAAUCGUGUACCGUGUUGACAAUAGCCCAUAGAUUACAUACAAUUAUCGAUUCGGACAGAGUACUGGUUUUAGAUAAUGGAAAACUUCAAGAAUUCGACAUGCCAUAUAAAUUACUAAAGAAUGUGAAUGGUACUUUUUAUAACUUGGUAAAAAAGACUGGAGUUACUUCAAUGAAUGAGUUAUAUAAAAUUGCUAAAAAUAAAUACAAGGUUCAAGAAUGUAUGGAAAGAACGUCAUUAUAAGACAGUGGAUUUUCCUCGAUACAUAUUAUCCUUGUGUAUUUCUCGUUUUGUUUUUAUAUUGUAUUGUGUUGUUGUACUCGGAAUCAUCUCUGUUGAGUGCAGUUUCUGCAUGUCAUUUAGGACAUAAAAUUGUUAAAAUCUUUAGUAAAAGUGUUAAAACUUAGAUACUAUUUGUAACGGUAAAAAACUUAUAGGCAUUAAUGUUUAACAUAUUUUAAACAUUACUGUAAUGUAAUCACAAAUUUUUUCAGAUAACCAUGUUAA